ACGACGUCCCUGACCAAGGAGAAAAGAGCUGACGACCUGAAAGAGGAGAAAAGAGACCGAAAACUGAAAAAAAAUGUCAUCUCUUAAGGAGCUUUGCGCCUAUGAAACACCAUCCGUUGCUGAACUGGAGGACUUCCUGUUGGCUGACAGGCACCCCACUGGACAUGUCAACCAAGUGUGGCCCAAUGUGUACAUUGGCAAUGAAGUUGCAGCCCGUGACAAGUCAAUGCUGCACGGUAUGGGGAUCACCCACAUAGUCAAUGCAGCCAGCGGCCCCCCUCAUGUAAACACUGGACUGCGUUUCUACAGAGACAUGGCUGUAGAUUAUUAUGGGGUGGAGGCUGAUGAUUCCACAGACUUCAUCAUAAGUGUUUUCUUCUACCCAACAGCAAGAUUUAUAGGUGCUGCCUUGUCCAAUAAAGGAAAAGUGUUCGUGCAUUGCUUGAUGGGAGUCAGCCGCUCAGCCACACUCGUCUUGGCCUUUCUGAUGAUUCGUGAACAGUUGACCUUAAAGGAGGCGGUGCGAGUUGUUCGCCAACACAGAGACAUUUGCCCCAACCGUGGCUUCCUCAAUCAGCUCCGUCACCUCGACAUGAGGCUUGUGCGCGAGAGAAAGAAAACGCUUGAAACGAUGACCUUGCAAAAGACCAUCAUCCCACACAACCGAGUCUCACCGAGUUGUACAAAGAAGAUGAAGUCUACCGCUUCAAAACAGAGCCAAAUCAAGAAUACACAAAAGCAAGUACAAUGUGACCCAGACAGCGAGUACAUCACCCCCGAGCUGUUUGAGCUGCAGAAACUCUUCUGGCAAGGCACAGGAACUGCUUACACCCACGUCAGUGAGGUCUGGCCCAGCGUCUACAUCGGUGAUGAGAAGACAGCGCUGGAACGCCACAACCUGGAGAAGACGGGAAUAACGCACAUCCUUAAUGCGGCCGAGGGGAAAUGGAACAAUGUUGCUACAGGUCCAGAGUACUACAAAGGCAUGAACAUUUCUUACUAUGGAGUGGAGGCAGAAGACAUUCCAGCAUUCAACCUCGCACAGUUUUUCUACCCGGCAGCUCAAUUUAUUGACCAGGCACUCAACAACCCAGAGUGUAAACUGCUGGUGCACUGCGUCAUGGGAAGAAGUCGAUCAGCUACUUUGUUUUUGGCUUAUUUAAUGAUUUACAAGAAUAUGACUGUUGUUGAUGCGAUUGAGCAUGCGAAGAAGCAACGCUGCAUUUUACCCAACAGAGGAUUUCUAAAGCAACUCAGAGAACUGGAUAUUCACCUCAGAGAGCAAAGGCAUGAACCGCAAACAGAAAAUCCGAAAAAAGCACCCGGAGACGGGCAUCUGGAUCCAUCAUGUGUGAAAACAUAACAUUGGAAAGAGGCUUUUAUUUUUUUCCCCUCUUUUUUGUUUUUGCCUGUAGCAUACCUCAGGAGUUCUGGUCUAAUUACAUGUUCAAAAUCAAAACGCUC